ACGAUUUUAUGGACAGGGAAAGAAUGUUCUCCCUGAGGGCCUGGGAGGUAUCAUCGUGUGGAGCUGAGUGAAGUCUAUCAGGAGGCUGCAGCUUUGUUACACUGUGACUUGGGCUCCAGUGAGAGGGAGAGGGGGUGACAGUGAGAGGACACUGGGAUCUCCCUGGAGAAGGGGAGCCAGGGGCUAGAGGGGGGUUCAGAGGCUGCUCUAGAUCCUCAGGAAACGAGAGAUCGCAGCAUUUGACGCUUCUCGCGAGCAGCCUCUCCGGGAGAAGGCGGAACUGAGUCUGCAAAGUGGGUGACAGCGGCGGCUCAGCGAAGGAGCAGCUCCUACUCGGGCAGACACCAACCUCUCACACACAUAUACACAUCCACACGUGUGUGUGUGUAAACCCUCCGGCCACACCAUGCCCAAGAAGAAGCCGGGACCGAUCCAGCUACACCCAAGUCCCGAUGGCUCGGCUCUGAAUGGGACCACUUCCGCAGAGACAAAUCUGGAAGCUCUGCAAAAGAAGUUAGAGGAGCUCGAGUUGGAUGAACAACAGCGCAAACGUUUGGAGGCAUUUCUGACCCAGAAACAGAAAGUUGGCGAGUUGAAAGAUGAUGACUUUGAGAAGAUAUCGGAACUGGGAGCAGGAAAUGGAGGAGUCGUUUUCAAAGUUUCUCACAAACCAUCCAGCCUUAUAAUGGCCCGGAAGCUAAUUCACCUGGAGAUCAAGCCAGCCAUUCGGAAUCAGAUAAUCCGAGAAUUACAGGUUCUACAUGAAUGUAACUCUCCGUAUAUCGUGGGAUUCUAUGGAGCUUUCUACAGUGAUGGAGAGAUCAGCAUCUGCAUGGAACACAUGGAUGGUGGAUCACUGGAUCAGGUGCUUAAAAAGGCUGGAAGAAUUACAGAGCAAGUGCUGGGUAAAGUGAGCAUAGCUGUGAACAAGGGAUUGGCAUAUCUGCGAGAGAAACACAAGAUCAUGCACCGAGAUGUUAAGCCUUCAAACAUCUUGGUGAAUUCCCGCGGUGAAAUCAAACUUUGUGAUUUUGGGGUUAGUGGGCAGCUGAUUGACUCCAUGGCAAACUCAUUUGUUGGGACAAGAUCUUACAUGUCACCUGAAAGACUCCAGGGGACACAUUAUUCUGUUCAAUCCGAUAUCUGGAGUAUGGGGCUCUCUCUGGUGGAGAUGGCCAUCGGAAGGUAUCCAAUUCCUCCACCUGAUGCUAAGGAGCUUGAACAGAUCUUUGGCUGUCACAUGGGAGAGGACCCUUCAUCCUCCGAGUCAAACCCUCAACCUUCAGGACAUCCAGGGAGUUCUUUUGGUGGUGAUUGUCGACCUCCAAUGGCAAUAUUCGAAUUGUUGGAUUACAUUGUGAAUGAGCCACCUCCUAAAUUGCCAACUGGAGUAUUUAGUGAAGAAUUUCAGGACUUUGUGAAUGCAUGUUUGAUAAAGAAUCCUGCGGAAAGAGCAGACCUGAAGCAGCUUAUGGCUCAUGCUUUCAUCAAACGAUCAGAGGCGGAAGAGGUGGAUUUUGCAGGUUGGCUGUGCACGACUAUUGGCCUGAAGCAGCCAAGUACACCAACGCAUACUCCUACUGUGUAGUCACACAAGCUGCUAAAUGUCUGCUCUUUGUGCAGCAAAUUGAUGGAUGUUUCUGCUAACAUUACCUCAUCAAUAUCCCUCUGUCCCGUAAAUAAUUUAAGAUAUUUUAAAAAUGUACUUUCACUUUUAAAGGAAAGGUGUCUGUUUAAACAAAAAAAUUGCCAAUUUUAACUGCUGUUCAAAUCAUUAGAAUUUGUCAAUAGGAACCCAGAGUUUUUAGUGGAGCUAAAAGGGAAUAGGGCAUUUCAUUCUUUAGUCAACAGAAAACCAUUCUGUAUUGCCCGAUUCAGUGAAUGAUUGUGGAGAGAUCCCACUCUGCUCAGGGUUAAAGAUGUGCUGCCCUCUUUUUAAAUGGCCAGGAAACCUAAUUAUUUGUAUACAACUCACUGCAAGUGAGAAACCAGAACAGAUUAAAAUUACAUUUUCCCUGAUUUCUAUUACAUCCUCCAUACAAACAGAAGAAGGACCACUCAUUUGCUCAAUACUUUCCCUUUAUUCCACCAAGGAUUUGCCCUGAACAGUCCAAUUGGGGAACUUAAUUGCCAGCAGGAACUCCUUGAGGUUUGGAGUGAGUAUGGCAAGGCAAAGACUUUGUAGACCACUAAGGAAGAUAUUGAAUGCAAUAUCCAACAAAAUUUUAAUCCUUUACUAUCUUUUAAGACCAGUAAGGAAUUAAAUUGUAUUUACUAAUUUUCAUAACACAAACUUAUCUGAUUCAAACCAUAUGCAAAGUCCAAUUAUUGCAAGGUGCAGGCUCUGAAAGAAUUAAGCCCACAUUAAAUCAGAAUCAAACAAAGUUUAGAAUCUUGCCUAUUGUAUUUGAAAGUCCCUGCUCACAGGUGGGAGUAUAGAUUCCACUGACUGGUCACAUGAAUCCAGGUGUAGAUGUUUCCUGCAAGGUCAGCAUUUGUUGUCAAUCCAGAAGAAAUCAGGCUAAAAGUCCACCACUGCUGUGGUCUUAGACUCACUUUUACGCUAGAUAUGGUAAGGAUGGCAAAUUUCCUCCCAUAAAAUGACAUUAGGUUCUCAAUAGGUUUUUAUAAUUUGUUCUUUCAUGAUCACCACUACCAAUAUUAAUUUUUCAAUUCUAUAUUUCACUAGCUAUGGUGGGAUUUGAACGUGUGCCCUAGAGCAUUAUCUUGAGCCUCUGGAUUACUGGUGGUAUCACUACACUGCCUACAGGCUGAUAAAGUUUUAACUAUCAGCCUUAUUUUUGAUGUGGAGGUGCCACUGUUGGACUAGGCUGGACAAAGCUUAAGAGUCUCACACCAGGUUAUAGUCCAACAGGUUUAUUUGAAGUGCUAACUUUCAGAGUACUGCUGCUUUAUUAGGUAAAAAAAUGAAGGAGCAGUGCUCUGGAAGCUUGUGCUUCCAAAUAUACCUGCUACACGAUAACCUGGUGGUUCAAAAUAACUAAGUUUAAAAAUCUCUCACCAUUCUGAGAUAGGUGGAACUGAAGCAUGGAUCUCUGUCCUAGUGGUCAGGACGCUACCUCUGCAAGUCACAUUACUACACUAUCACUUCUUUAACAUAGGCAAAGACCAGAUGACAGAACAUAUGCAGAAACUACAAAUAUCUUUCCAAAUACUGCCUAAAGAGAAGUUAGUAUUUCAGGGUUUGUCAGACUAAAAGGAAUUUAAAUAGAGACGAGUGAGAAAUGAUAGGGAAAGUCUAAUAGGAUCAUAGACAGAUAUGAUUUUUAAUAAGUACUGAUACAGUGCAAGGCAAAAGUGUGAUGGUCAUAGGACAAGUGAAAUAAAAGAUGGAGGUGCAAAUGGCAACAUUGUUUUAAAGACCUCAAUGUUGAGACAAAUUGUUGAACAAGUCAAGGCAGGAGAGCAAUAAAAUGAACAAAAGUGCUUUAUAAAGUCUGAGGAAUAUCAAAGGACAAAAGACUGUUGGAGUGUUUGAGAAAGUGAAUGGUUGCAUAUGGAUGUGCUUACAAAUUACAGUCAAUUAAAGUAUGGAGUAACUCAUUUCUUGUUGAUCUCACUGCACACUGGCGAUAUUGAUUAGGCUGCACAUUUGUUUGUUCCCCCCUGCCCAACAGGAUUGUGCCAAAACUAGAGUGCUGCUUUAACCUUGAUUACAAACCUAGUGGAAACUCAUUUGGUCACGUGGUUGUUAGUGGUAUAUUAUAAUAUCAGAAUUCCAGAGUGGAUUACAAAAUGGAAGCUGUGACAAGUGGACUGGCUGAUUUGUUCUCAGCAUCAACUCCAUUUUAACAUGAAUUUCAAGAAUCAUGGAUGCAUUUAGUUUCUCAGGAUACAUGGGGUAAAUAGUACUUAGAAAUAAAAAUCAAAUCAUUGGCAGUAGUAUAUCUUUUGCAAAGUAGCCAGUUAUUACUUCAUCUGGCAAUGUCAAAACUUCAAUAUUGAAACACUACCACAACAUGCAAUUUUCUCUGACUAAUGUGAUUUACAAGUGAGCAACCUGUGUUCUAGGUUUAGAUUAGAUUACUUGUGUGGAAACAGGCCCUUCAGCCCAACAAGUCCACACCGACUCACCGAAGCGCAACCCACCCAUACCCCUACAUUUACCCCUUAACACUACAGGCAAUUUAGCAUGGCCAAUUCACCUGACCCGCACAUCUUUGGACUGAGAGAAAACUAGAGCACCCGGGAGGAAACCCAUGCAGACAUGGGAAGAAUGUGCAAACUCCACAGGCAGUUGCCCAAGGUGAGAAAUGAACCCGGGUCUUUGGCGCUGUGAGGCAGCAGUGCUAACUACUGUGCUGCCCACACUAAAUCAGCUACAACAUAUUUUAAUGACUGAUAUUCAAUCUCUUCAGUACCAGUGAAGAGUAACUGCACUGGGGUUAAAUUAAAUUCACACUUAAACAGGAAUUACCAACAUAACAGAACUUCUCACUCCAUUUAAAAAAAACAUGCAAAUAUUCUUUAAAUUCUCAUGGAUGUGAAAGUUGCCCUGGCUCACCAUUUGGGUGCAAUUAGGAGAAAGUGAAGCUACUGGAGAGUAGCACUAGAAAAGCUUAGCAGGUCAGGCUGCAAGCAAGGAGCAGGAGAGUCAAUGUUUCAGGCAUAAGACCUUCAUCCUGCUGAGCUUUUCCAGUGCCACCCUUCGAGUCUGCAACUUCAUUUGACAUUUUUGUCAACCAAUUUAAGUCAGUAGUAUUCAAACAUUAUUAUCAGUAGCAGAAUGGAUUUACACAAGAACCAGAUAAUCAUUAAUCCAGCCUUGCUACUCUAAUGUGCCAAAAAUCAAUCAAUUGUGGAAUUUAGAAACAUUUCUCCCCAGCUACUAUUUCAGCCCAGUUCCUAAAUUGUCAGAGGCAGCACUGAAAUAAAGCGCAAGCUAGAAUUAUGAUCUAUGCUGGGAGUGGGUAAAAGCAGGGAAUCACAGUCCAUUUUACAACUUGACAUCCCAUUUCAGUAGGUUUCAAACUUUUUUGAUUGAAGGAUCUCUUUUUAAAAUCAGUGUAAUAGAUCAUGAUCCAAAUAAAUAGUUAUAUCAAUUAAUGUUGCCAUGUAACGCAGCAAUAUUUAGGGAAAAAAAAAUCAGUAAGGUGGGUGUACAUAGAUCUCACUAGAGUGUGUCCUUAGGGUUAACAUUCACUGAAGUCCACUCACUGUUCACAGCAGCACUCCUUAUGCUUUAAGUUUUAUUUUGCAGCCCUCAAAAUAUGGACCCUUUACAGCUCCACUGUCUACUCUAUUCCCUCUGGUGCAGCUCAAUCAAGCUGUUAAUUCACCCACCCACUCCAAUCAGCUGUUCAUAGAUAUUGCAGAUAGAGACUUGAAAUCAGGUGUCCUAGCUGAGAUAGGGACACUACCUUAGUAAUCUGUCAAAAGCUGGAAAAUUGUAUUACUAUAGUACCUCCACCUACUAUUCAAUACCCAGGCAGAUGGCAAUUUAUACAAGAUUUUUGUUUUGUAGAAAUUCUGGAAACCAAACUGGAAAUGUCAGGGACAAGAGAUAUGCAGUACACUAAAUGAGACAGACAGACAGAGAGACAAUCUUUCUUUAAGUACAAAUGGUGUAAGAAAAUAUUGUUGACUGCUAGAAUUGUGUAUAAUGUGAGAAACUGUAAUUCAGAACCCUCUUCAAACUGCGUUCCUGCUAAAGUUAUUAAGCGGAUGUUGCAAUAAAUGAUCUAAUGUGAUCUUAAAACAA